UGACUGCGAAAUGCAAACGGAGCGCGAGAGAACAAAAUCUCGCGAGACUCGCGCAAGGUGAAGUGCUGGCGAAGGAGGUGGAGCCGCGUCAAGUCUCGCGAGACUUUGGGGAGAUUUUGAACGAACUUUUAAAUGGCGGCGAGCGGUGCUCGGCCGUGGCGUCUCCACGGCAACAGAGCUCCUCAACCCUGAAGCGUUCACAAAUAUAAACGUGUAAACACGUUCUUUAUCAUCACCACGGUUAACAAUUACAGAGUUUGUUCAGGUGGUAGAUACGGGACGUCUUAAAUCCUCGAGUAUGGCGGCGUCUGGCGCGGACGCGGUGAGUGAAUCUGUGGAGAGACUCAAGAAGAAAUACCUGGGCCAGGACAGAGGAAACAAUGUGAAACCCCCUGAACCACUGUGUGCUGAUAGCGUGACCCAGGGCACUCUCCAGGAGCCAGGGAUGUCGGCGAAGUGUGGCGGAAUAAGGCAUGAAGAGCGGGCAUUACAAGACCUCUAUUCCCUCAUAAAGAUGCAUACACGCCGGCUUGAUGGGGUUUCGGGCCACCGGUCGGCAGGUGGGGGGACCAGAGAGGCAACAAGUGGUGAAGGGGAGAGUGACGGGCAGCCAGCCCACAGCCGCAUCACACACGAUGCCUACACAGAGACUGACGUGACGCUGACAUCACAAUUGGUCAAGGCGAGACCUGGCUUCACGCACCCACCCGGCACGGACUCCCGUCUCACCUCGCCGAGCAGGGUGGAAUCCAGACGCAACCGCCGCAAAAGCCAGAGCUGGGGGAUUCGGCACACAAGGGCAAGGCGACCGGGACGGAGAGCAAUCCACGGCAACCCCUGCUCAGAGGACCCUGCUUGCUCAAGCCACGUGUCGUGGGAAUGUUCAGGAGACAUCGAUGAAGAUGAGUACGACGACGUUGAAGAUGACGCAGCCAGCGAUAGUGUUGACAAUGGUCUUGCUGAGAAUGGCGAGGACAAGAGAUGGGACAGUACCACGGAGUGGAAGAGGAAGGGGGCUGACUCUUCGCUGGGGGACCUGCGACAUGUCUAUGCAGAGCUUGAGGCCAUCCACAGCAAACUGCAGCGGGAGAGUGCGGCGCUGGCGGAAAGGGCGGUGAGGGCUGCUGAGCGUGAGGGCCGUCUGGCGGCACGUGAGGAGGAGGUGGCAGUGCGGCACGGUGGCGCGCUGAACAAGCUGCGUGAGGUGCAGGCACAGGUGCAGGGCACGCUGCAUGCUUUGCGACAGCAACACGCUGCUGAGGUGCAGGAGCUGAGCGAAGCACUGAGAGAGAAAUCCCGGGAGAAUAAGCGAAUAAAAGCCUCGUUUGACACACUGAAGGAUAUGAACGAUUCCCUAAAGAAGCAGAUGAGCGAGCUGACGGAGCAAAAUAAGCGGCUGGAGACCCAGGCACACCGCGUGCAGCAGCGGUUGGAAAACCUGCAGAGGAAGUUUGACUUCCAGCGUGCGCAAAAAGGACGGACUGUGCUCCUCACGCAGGCCCACAAUGGCCAGUUGCGGAGAGCGUUGGAAAAGCCAGACAAACAGCCGCCACCGCAGCCUCACAAGGUCAAGCAGGCAAGUGUGGGGCUGUGUGAGCUGCUGGGGCUGCUGCUGUUGUGGGUGCCGGACCUGCACCCCUCACCAGACCCGAACGUCGCUCUCUCGCUGGAGAAAUGCAGCAAGGCCCUGCCACUGGUGGUGGAGCAGCUCUCCUCCGUGCCAUCUGUGAGCAAGAGGCUGCAGCUGCCACUCGUCAAUUUUGUGCUCUGGGCUCUGGGCCGCAUGGAUGGGACCUCACAGCACACUACACUCACCGCGACGUGCCGGCGCCUGGGAGAGGAGCUGUUCAAGCCGGGCGGGAGCACGCGCGGAGCAGAAGGGUCGGCUGAGUCGUCGCCCGAGCCCAAGCCCCAUAUGGGGGGCAGCUUCUUUAGGAGCUCGGAGCCCGAGGUUCGACUGCUCUCCUCGCUCGUCAUCCUCCGCACCCUCUCGCAAGCGGACGUGUUGGCACAGGUGCUGGACAGCGUAUGCUCAGACCUGCAGAGUGAGCAGAGCAAGCGGCUUUUUGUGAGGCACGGCGGCGUGGCGGUGGUCACGGCGCUGCUGACGUCGCCCUGCAGAGGGCUCCUGGGCGACGCUGUGGGCGUCCUACUGCUUCUAGCGAUGAGCAUAGAUUCCGGCUGUGUGGAGGAGUUCCUGGCGGCGUGCAGCACAGAGGUGUGGUUCCGUUCGUGCUCUCAGCUGCUGCGCACGCCACAUCUUGACCCGCUAAUCCCAGAGAAGAUGAGUGUCAUCUUGCAGAAGCUCUCCAAGAUCAAGACUAACCGGCGUCUGUUCGAGGCAUGCUCCCUUCACAUCCAGCUGCAAGAGAUGCUGCGUACAGCCGAGCCACAUCAGGUGUUUCUGGCUGUCAACCUGCGCUCCACCCUGCACCAGCUAGAUGUAUUCCGGGGCACCUGCACCUGAGGGUCCCAUCACCUCACUGCUUGACGAAUGGGAUGGAGGGAUAGGAGUCCACCUGAUGGCGCCGUCUGCUUGAUCUGUAAGCACAUGGUGAGCUUACCAUUAAAAUGCACUCCCCUGGACAGCCAACCUCCACCUGAUCAGUUUGUACCAAGUCAGGCAUUUUUUUUCUAUUGCAGAAGUGCAGUACUGUAAUUUGCAUAGACUUGCCACAGCAUGCACUCUGUAUGUAGAACUUCUUUCGCACCGUACGUAGCCAAGCAUGCUAAGCGGAGGCUCCGAUGAUGUAGAGUGGAUGUUAAUUACUCUGUAACAUAAUUUAACGUGUCGGAGGCAGUCUAAAUCCCAAGUAUGGAAAUUACAUGCAUCCGAGUUAGGAAUUUUACUUGUUCUCCGCGUAUGUAUUUUUUUACAAUGAAGACAAUCUCCAACAUCUAUUUUUCCUAAAUAAAGGAUAUGCUAUAUCA